AUGUUAUCCGCACUUGUGCCGCAGCCCGGCGUGAAGCAUUGUCCCUCCCCAGCGCAAGGUGGUGACAUCCCCCGCCACAGCUGGACUCUCCCAUGCACCACUGAGGUGGACUCUCUGAGGGGCAGAGUUCGCUCACUUGAACAAUAUUCUAGGAAGAAUAAUCUUGAAAUUAACGGGAUCCCAGAGACACCAAAAGAGAAUGUGAGCGGCCUGGUGAGAGAUGUUGGAGUUGCCCUAGGAGUUGAGAUCCAGGAGACCGACAUAUCAACAGCACACCGAGUACCAUCUUUCAAUAAGGAUCGAGUUCCGCCCCUCAUCGUCCAGUUCUCAAGAAGGACCGUCAGAGACACUUUGCUCAACAAGUUCAAGGAUAAGAAGACGAUGACAGCCGAGCAGAUCAAUGCCGCCUUCCCCGCCCAGAAAAUCUACGUCAGUGAACACUUGACACCGGAAAACAAAAUGUUUCUGUCAAAAUUGAAGAAUAAGUGCAAAGAAAGUGGUUACAAGUUCGCUUGGUGUAAAGAUGGCAAGUUCUUUGUGCGGAAGUGUGAAGGGGAACGGUUCAUUAGGAUUGAAAACGAUGAGGAACUCAACAAGCUGAAGUAA